AGUACCACCUGUGUUUGCCACGCUGCGUAGGCUAAGUGCACCGCAGAGGCUGGUUUGGCCCUUGGCUGGCAGAUUGUUUUUUCUGAAGUUUCAUAAGCUCUAAUAAGAAUUACCAUUUUGAAUAUUUCCUGAACUUUCAAGUGUGUUCACCAUGUGAAUGAGAAGGAAACUUGGCUUAAUAAAUCAAUGAAAUCAUGAGCCAGAAUUUUAGAAGCAGGAGGAGAAUGUACUGUAUUAUAUUUAUCUCAUAAUCUAAGAGAAGAAUAUUUGAAAUAAUGACAACAGGAGACCUAAAAGGAAGUUUAAGAAAAAUAGAGCAAGGACUUCGCUUGUUAAAUUAUCCAAGGGAUGUGGAUUAUACCGGGUUAAUAAAGGGUGAUCCAGCUGCAUUUUUACCCAUCAUCAGCUAUUCUUUCACAUCUUUCUCCACUUCCAUAGCAGAACUUCUGGAGAAGUGUGAUGUAGAACUCACAGCAAAGAGUGACUUGCGUUUCAUUGAAGCUAUUUAUAAGCUUCUUCGAGAUCUGUUUCAAUAUAAACCAAUCUUAACAAAACAGCAGUUUCUUCAGUUUGGCUUUGCAGAACGAAAAAUGCAGAUUGUCUGUGACAUUAUCAACUGUGUGAUAAAAAAGCAUAAGGAAUUAAAUAACUUGAAUAAGGCCAAAUCUCAAACAAGAAGGAAACUUGGAUCUUUUAAGUACGAACUAUGGUCAAAUUGUGAAAAAGCCCAUGCUGAUCCCAGUGGCAAUGCUAUGAAUUCCAAACAAAAGCCUCAAGUAGAACGACAUCCAGAAAUCAAAGAUAGUGACAGCCUUCUUUCACCAGCCCUUCCAGCAGAGGGAGACAAUGAAGAAGAAUUAUACUUAAAUCAUGAUGUUCUGGAAGUCAAAUGUGAACAAGUCUUAGAAGAUAAUUCUGAGAUUGAGUUCCUAAAGAGCCAGCUUGCUGAUUGCCAGGAAAAACUUCAUAAGCUAGAUUGGAUGGAGGAUAAGCUCCUUUUUUUAGAAGAAAGACUGAAAGGAAAAGUGGUUAUAGAUGAGAAAGACUGGAAUAAUUUGUUGAGUCGAGUUUUGCUCCUUGAAACAGAGCUGUUGUUGCAGUCCAGAAAAAGUGACUUACCUACGGAGUUCAACAAUGUAAAUCAAGAAUGUGCUUCCAGUAGGAUUCCAGUUUCUCCUGAUAUAGAGAGGAAAGAGGAGAUGCCAGAGAGUCUUCAUCAGUCGUCUGGAUACAGUUCACUAUUAUCCACAGACCCAUCUCCCAAAGCCAUGACCAUUAAUUAUCAUGAUUUGACAGACUUUUCAAAGGAGACAACAAGGCAAAGAAUGGAAAGGAUAAGUAAAAUGAUUGAGGAAACUUCAGAAUUGUUGAAAACCUCAAACAGCAUCUCUGAGAAGACCUGAAGAACAGGUCUUUGGACCCAUUCUUUGUAGUCUUAUGGAUAUUGCAACUGAUAUAUGUUUCUACAGCAUUAAAAUUUUAAUAUAUAAUUUGUGUAAUGAUCACCAGUGCUUUUAUUCUUUUAGAAUAAAUUUUUUUUAAUGCA